AGUGCGGGGAAGAGAGAGAGAGAGAGGCGGGACUUGGAAGGAGCUCGUGUCGGGUUUACAGGCUUGCAGGUAGCGCUGGAGAUAAAAUGCUGCCCUCUGAACCCCGGGCAUCCAAGCUAUUAUAAACAAAGCAAGAUUUAUUCUAGAGAGCUGGAGCGGAUACGUCACUUCUUCUGUCCUCUCUGACUGACAGAAAUCUGCUUGGGGCAAAAGCAGGCAGGAAACAUUAAGCAUACGCUGAUUGACAAAGAGACAGACCAUCCUAGGAACAUGGCCUCAGCUCUCUCUGGUGAAUCCAGCACCCUUGACUCUUCUGCAGACUCCAGCUGGAAUCCGGAAGGCGCAUCUUUCCCAAAACCGUUUGCUUGGGGCGCAUCCACAGCAGCAUACCAGGUUGAAGGAGGCUGGGAUGCAGAUGGAAAAGGCCCCAGCGUUUGGGACACGUUCACCCAUCAGGGAGGAGAUCGGGUUUUCAAGAACCAGACUGGUGAUGUAGCUUGUGGCAGCUAUACUCUGUGGGAGGAAGAUUUGAAAUGUAUCAAACAGCUUGGAUUGACUCAUUAUCGCUUCUCUCUUUCCUGGUCACGUCUGUUACCUGAUGGGAAGACAGGUUUCAUCAACCAGAAAGGAGUUGAAUAUUAUGACAAAAUGAUUGAUAGUCUGCUAGCAAACGACGUGACUCCUGUGGUCACCCUGUACCAUUUCGACCUACCGCAGCGUUUGGAAGAUCAAGGGGGCUGGAGAUCAGGGGCUACAGUGGAAGCCUUUGAUAGUUAUGCCCAGUUUUGCUUCAGAACCUUUGGGGACAGAGUGAAGCUGUGGAUCACCAUUAAUGAGCCGUAUGUUAUGGCUGAGCUCGGCUACGAAGAAGGUACGAUGGCGCCAGGUAUUAUGGAGCUUGGCACCGGAGCAUACCUGGCUGCUCACAACAUGAUCAAAGCUCACGCUGCAGCCUGGCACACUUACGAUAGGCUAUUUCGGAAGACACAGGGCGGGCUUGUGUCUAUAGCGCUCAACUCGGAUUGGGCAGAACCCUUUGAUCCGAAUUCCGUUGCUGACCAGGAAGCUGCUAAGAGGCACGUGGCGUUUUGCCUGGAUUGGUUCGCUACCCCGAUCUUCCUCAGUGGCGACUAUCCAGCCAUAAUGAAAUCCCAGAUUUCUGCUGCGUGUAAAAGGCAAGGUUCUCCAUCGUCGAGGCUUCCGGAAUUUACCGAGGAAGAAAAGAGGAUGAUCAAGGGCACUGCCGACUUUUUCUCUCUAAAUUAUUACACUUCCCGCAAAAUUAAGCACCGAGAUAAUACACAUAGCCCACCGAGUAUGUCUGCGGACAAGGAAGCGGAGCAAGUAACAGAUCCAUCCUGGCCUGUAGCAACCGGCAGUUCUUGGCUGGCUGUUGUUCCAUGGGGUUUACGUCGCCUAUUGAAAUACAUUAAGGAUACAUAUAAUCACCCUAUAAUUUACAUCACCGAGAAUGGGUUUUCCCAAAGUGACCCUGCUGCACUCAAUGACACUCAGCGCUGGGAGUAUUUCAGGCUGACUUUACUGGAGAUUUUAAAAGCAAUCUACGUUGAUGGUGUCCAACUGAAAGGUUACUUCGUGUGGUCCCUUUUGGACAACUUUGAGUGGACCUGCGGAUACAGAUCUCGCUUUGGACUCUUCCAUGUGGACUUCGAAAAUCCGGCCCUCCCUCGAGUUCCCUACAAAUCGGCCAUCGAAUACGCCAAAGUUGUUGCCAACAAUGGACUGAUGAAAUCACAUGGUUGACGACUGUCUGUUAAUACCAUAAGUUGGCCACUUACAAGAGAGGCACAUGCCAUGAAAUUGUCAAAAAAUAAACCAAGCUGAAUUUUGA